AGAACUCGCGCCGACGCUCGAGCUGAUCCCGCCUCACCUGCCCGCCUUCCACCCUCUUGACAUCGAGGAGCUCAUGCGAGAGCGCUCAGACCAUCAGCUACUGCUCAUCACGUGCGCUGUGGAGGUGCAAGGCGGCGCUCGCAGCGGUCGUCUGGCUCGGCAUGCAACGGCCGAGCAGGCCGAGCCGCCGUGCCGCCACGAAGCUCAUCAGACCUCUGAGCCUCGCUCAGCUCUCGCUCGAGCAGCAGCCGGAGCAGAGAUGCUCUUAUGUUGGCGCGGCCUGCUGCCGCAGCACGAGACAAUCGACAUCGCCCGACCGACGCGUUCGCAGCGCUAGCCGGCGCAGGGGCGCAGCAGCAUGCAAGCAAGGCAGGCACGCCAGAUGCAGCCGCAGACGCAAACAAGCAUCACCUGUCGCUUUAAGCACUCCAGCCUACAACAUCUGCUUGCAGCAUGCUGCUUCUCACCCGAAGUCGCUGAUGUGACGCUGCUAGAGCGGCGCGUGACGAUAGUCGGUUCGCGUCGUGUUGCCUUUGCCCCCUGACGCUCCCGCGCCG